AUGGCCCCCACCCCUCCCACCUGUUGUGUAAACACCUCUCCCCCAGUUAGUACCUCAUCGUCCCCUCAGCAUUUGGCCCCCCCGCCAUUUCGCCCCCCCACACGCCGUCUCCUUGGACCCCCCCGCGCGUGGCGUCGCAAGCCCCCCGCGCCCACGAUCAAAGUCCCUCAGCUGCCCAGCCUGAGCGAGAACACGCGGAGACUCCCACGAGGUCUUCGUCAGCACCUUCAGGAGUCCUUACAACGCCUCCGUCAAGUUGCACCGCUCAGAAGUCACGAAGGUGAGGAGAACGGAGAGAAAGAAGAGAGGAGGAACGAAGACGAAGAAGGAAGGGAAGCUUCUGAGGAAUCCACGAUAACCAGGACUUCCUCGGAGGCCGAGAGAGAAUCCUUCGAGAGAGAGAAGGACGGAAGGAUCAGAGAGGACGCUGCGCCCACGCCAGACCCGCCGAAGGAAGACCGGCCUGGCCAAGGACGCUCCCAAGGGUCUCCAUUGCUGAAGGCCCGAGCCAAUAGCGUCACGAGCGACUACUUCAGUGAUUCGGGAGAGGCAUCUUUAGGACUCCCGUCGCUUAUUCACGACCACGAGUUCAUCCUAAAUCUCGAUCACGUGGACGAAGAGUCUUUGAGUUCGAGGACAUCGAAAACGGAAAGCAGAGCAGCAUCUAGGAAUACGCUACGCUUCGAGUCGUCAUCGGUAACCCCUCCACCGGAGUAUCCCCUAGAAGAUGAGGAUAUCCGUUUUCUCUCAAGUGAGAACGGUGAUGCUCGUUUUCUACGUUUGAGCGAUACAGAGAGCGAUCGUUUUCUCUCAUCAUCUGACAAAGAAAACUGCCAUCGAGAAGAGAAAUUGGAAGGCAGACUGAAGCAAAAUUUUCUAGCCAAUCAAAGUGCCAAAAAGGACUUCCUUAAACUAGUACCUGAGACUAGAUUAUUAACUGUGAAGUCUUUACGUGGAUCUUACCUUUCUCUUGAACAGAUUUCUCAUUCUAUCAAGAGCACAAGUCAAGUUAACAGCUCUGCACCGGAACUCUCUUGUUCCAAAACUCUUCUAUCUUCAAACCUGGAACCUCAGUGUUCCGAUCCCCAAGUUGGUGCCAAAUUGUGCCGCGGGCUAGAGCCAGCGGCGUCAUGGCACCCGUCAUAUAACGCUUCGCCAGCACCUGUUAUUUCAAUUAAAGUUGACGAACCAGACACUGCAAAUAUGGAAAAUGAUAAAGGUGCGACAAGCGGCAUGGGAGCGUUGGCUCCGCUCAGCUUCUCGUUGUCUUCGCUAUCGGGGUCGUCUAGCCCAGCGCUAGAGUCCGUCAGCCCCGCGAGGACUCCCGCAGAACUACAUACCAACUCUCUCAACCGGCGCAGGUCCAAACGGAGCAAUGACCGGGAGGCUGCCAGAAGGUCCUGGGGCCCCGCAGACAAGGAGGAGGGCAACAGGGAAUUUUGGGCAUCGAUACAAGAACCUUAUGACUACAUCAUGGGCAGCAAUCUUAUUCCAGACUCCUGCCAGGUUGGAGACACGACAGAAGCCCCAUCCUCAGGAGAGUUUGAACUAAGUUGGGACAGUGGUGAUGUGUCGCCGCCUUAUGUCUGGAGUUUCUCCGAGUUUCUUGACCAGUACAAUGAGCUUUAUGAGUGGCUUAUUCAAGUCCAGUUGAAGCUUUAUUCACAUUCUAACCCACCAGACAAGGCUGCAAGGAUGGCACAGCAGGAGGAAUUACGCAGGCGCACCUUCAGGCGAACACUUUUUGUAGAGCAGGGUGAACGAGUUGCUCAGCGAUACCCAGGCUCAGCUGAUGAGAUUAGCUGGCGUGUGAACUAUCUGAACAACAAAUGGGAUCAGCUGGAGAGCACCUUCACGCCUGCUAAGGGUCGCAAUCAAGAGGUGGAGGUAGAAUUAGACUUGGCCCAUGAAGAGGGCAUCUUGCGACGUUGGUUGAGUGAUAUGGAAGAGCAGAUCCAGCCCCUUACUUGCCGUCUGCCACGAGGCUGCUCCCUUCGACCACUUCAAGAUCGCUACAGAGAUAAUCAG